GUCCCGGAAGCUGAGCCAUUUCUCUCUCUCUCUUUCUUCAAUUCUGUUCGUCUUCCCAUCAUCGAAAUUCAAAGUUUUUUUUCCGUGUUCCACUGGGAGAGGUUUGAGAGAGAGAAAUCUGAUAAAGUUUGUGAAGCGAGGAUGUCUCUAACGAGUGUGAAAAUGUCGGAGGAUGUGUGGUUAACGUGUCUCACUCAUGCAUUGUCUACCGAGACUGAAGAGAUUAUGGGGCUUCUUCUUGGGGAUAUUCAGCACUCAAAAAAUGGAAGUGUGACUGCACUGAUUUGGGGAGCAUUGCCGCAACCACGUUCUGAUCGGCGGAAAGAUCGAGUAGAGACUAACCCUGAACAGUUGACUGCUGCAUCAGUUCAGGCUGAGAGAAUGACCGUGGCAACAGGAAGAACAACAAGGGUGAUAGGAUGGUACCAUUCGCAUCCUCAUAUCACAGUUCUCCCUUCCCAUGUCGAUGUGCGGACUCAGGCUAUGUAUCAACUUCUUGAUCCUGGGUUCAUUGGGUUGAUAUUUUCUUGUUUUAGUGAAGAUGCGCACAAGGUGGGAAGAAUCCAAGUUAUUGCAUUCCAGUCCUUGGAUGGGAAGCAGAAUCACAUGUUGAGACCUGUUUCUCUAUCUCCUGUGCGCAGAAGUUCUGUUAUAGAUAUAGAAUCUUCUAUAAGUUCCUCUGAGAACUCACUGACAAGAUCUGGAUCUGCAAGGGCCGAAAGCCUUGAACAGGACACAGGUGAUUCAAGAACAGCUGCUGGGGCUUCUAAGGGUGGGCGAAGAUCAUCAGACUUGGGGGGUUUCUUCGCUAACGCUGAUGCCAACUAUCUAGGGAGAGACAUAACUGGAGAAAGGCACCACAUCAACAGCUUAGAAAACACCAUCACUGAUAUAGACCCCAUGGAUAUGUCAGAAAGUAUGCAAGAAGCAAUGCACCGUUCAAAUCUGGAAAUGAGUGGUGCAGAAUUUGUCAGGAAGGAAAUUCCGCUUUAUGUUUUGCCAACCUUAUCUCUUCUCAAUCUCGAUUCGCCAUUGACUUCCUUUAUAGAUUUGCAACGUGUAUUGUAUGAGGAGGAGCGGACUGCAUAUAAUCAAGCAAUCUUACAGAACAUGAGGGAUGGGAAAGUGCACCCUCUUUCUUUCAUUCAUCAUACAUCAACAUAUGAGUCUUCCAUGUGCAAAUUAAUGGAGUAUUGCUUAAGUCCUGCCAUAAACGCUCUCCAGGAUCGGUUGAGAGAAAAUGAAAUCCGGGUACUUGAAUAUUAAUGUAUUUUAUCAGCCUCACUGAAAUGAUGUAAUGAAAUAUCCCCUAUCCCAAUACUUUUUUUUUUAUAAAUAAUUUUUGUAAACUUUUUAGCUAUGAUGAUCUCUUACAGAAAGGAUGUUACAAUAUAUCCUAAAGAGUUGUGAUUGAUUUGCCCACAAAAACAUUCCAAGGUUCAUGUACGUUAUACUGAUGGCAUUUAAUCAUCAUUCUCUUCAAUCUUACACACAUUUUACAGUGCCAGGUAAAAAUGCAUAAAUUUCUGGACCACCUUGGUGAUUUUUUUGCAUGUUAAAUGUGCUACACAGCUAUAAACUUUCCUUAUGACAAAAUUAACCUCACAGUCCUUUUUUGCUAUACAAAAAACCUGAAGGCCCAAAAUAUAGUGGGUUCAACCCAUUAUGCAUAAGGCGCCAAACAACCAGUGUUGCUUGACUUUUAUUUUGCGUCUGCAUCUACUUAAAAUGCUUGAUGUUUGAUCACCUUGUAAUGAAACAGUUAAAGAUGCUGACUGAUGAAGCCAAGAACUUGGAGACCGAGGCCUUCAGAGGGAGCGAGCCAAUUUCAAUAUCCCCUCGCAAUGUUCCAUCUCGUGGACUCCGAGGUAGCCCUUCAUUUGGUCAUAGGGACUUGUAUAUACCCGAAUCAGGGAGUUUGAGAAAUGCCACAGGUCCUGGUAGCUGUAGUAGGAAAGGGUCUUAAGAAUGAUAUUAGGCAAAAUUUUCCCAAAUCUGUAUGACUGUCCUUUUGUUUCUCUCCCCCGUUUCCUUUUUUGCCUCUUACAUCUGGCAAAUGUUGGUGCCAUUUUGAGUUUGUAUGAUAUCAUGAUUGUCAUGGUUUUUAGUGAUUGUAAAUGUUGAUCAAGCUGUUACAAUAUAUAGAUAAAUUGCCAAAUUUCAGUUUUCAAAUGCUUCUUGUUUA